GCCGCCGCCGCCGCCGCAGCCGCCACCGCCGGCCGCUGGUGGGGGGCGGCGCCCCAGGCCUCCGCAGACGUGAUGAACCAGCUGUGCCGCGUGUGUGGGGAGCCAGCAGCGGGAUUCCAUUUCGGUGCCUUCACCUGCGAAGGCUGUAAGUCUUUCUUCGGCCGGACGUACAAUAACCUCGGUUCUAUCUCCGAGUGCAAGAACAACGGGGAGUGCGUGAUCAACAAGAAGAACCGGACGUCGUGCAAGGCGUGUCGCCUGCGGAAGUGCCUGCUGGUGGGCAUGUCCAAGAGCGGCUCCCGCUACGGCCGGCGCUCCAACUGGUUCAAGCUGCACUGCCUGAUGCAGGAGCAGCGCCAGCAGCAGGAUCACCAGCAGCUGCCGCUGCCGCCGCCGCCGCCGCUGCCGCACCCUCUGGAGCCUCCGGGGCCCGCCAGCUCCCUGGGCAAGGCCAAGCCCCUCCUGUGGGCAGACGCUUCGCGGAUGAGGCACGCCGCCGACGCCGACAACAACAACGUAUUUCCGGACAAGCAGCACCAGAGGGACACGACGCCGUCGCCAGCUCCGUUGCCACUGAGGGGUUUCGCUCACGCGCAGCAGCAGGGCGGUUUCGGGUCUCAGGACACGGCGGCGGCGGCGGCGGCGGCGCUGUGGGCGGCGAGGAGCUCGCUGCUCGUGCCUCCGCCCUUCGCCCUGCCCUUCCUGGCGCCGCCCUUCCAGCAGACGUCGGCGGCUGCGGGGGGUGGGGGCGUUGCCGCCGCAGCUGCCGCCGCAGCCUUCUACCACGCGCCGUCGCCUCACCGCAACUUCUUCCUCCCCUUCGUGCAGUCCCUGCAGCCCCCCAGGCCCGUGCAACACCAGCGACACCCGGCCCCCCUGGCACUCGAGGCCAGGCUGUCGUCGCCGUCUUCUUGCUCCUCGGCGACGUCGUCUCCCCCACCGCCUAACGCGAGGCACAAGGCGCCUCUCAACCGGCAGCAGGAAGGCGAGAAGUCCGCAGUGGCGCUGUUGUCGCUGGGUCCCGUCCAGGAGCAGCCCAUCGACCUGUCAGUGAAGGGCGACGAGAAGGGCGAAGGCUCGACCAGGUCGUGCAGCUCCGGAUCCUCGUCCCCUGCCAGUGGUGGUGCGGCGGUAGCACAGGACUGUGGCAGCGACGCUGCCUUCUCUGGCGCAGAAGACAGCAACAGCAAGGCGACGGAGAGUGAAGACAGCGCCGCCGACGCUGCAGCGUCACAGACGCCGGCCGCGAGGACGACGCCACUCGACCUUACGACCAGGUCUUGA